AUGGGUAUCUUCAACUGGGGGUUUCGUACCGACAUCCGCAUCACUCAAGGCAAAGAUGAACAUUCAGCAGUCAUUGCUAACACCGCAACCGGAGAUAAGGUAAGGUUGGAUACCUUCUUCAAAAACGCGAUGCCAUCUUUAGACGUUAACAAGAAGUUAUGGUUGCAUCCUUUGUUGUUCAACGGUACUUUACAGACUCUCUACUAUGCCAAACACGACAGCUCCGACAAGUACUUGAUCUACUACGGGAGAGAGCUCUUUACAUACAAGGACGGAGGUAUUUGCUCAUUGGAUUGGGUUAUCCCCGAGCCACAAGACAAACACCAGUUUGUUGAAGAGUAUAAGAGCACAUUACCUGAGGGCUGGCCAAAAUUGCACCCCCGAUCCCGGUUUUUCAGUGAGUCUGAAUUGGCCGACCGGAAGGCUGCCGGUCAAGAAGACAUCACCAAGCCAUUGGUGGUGGUGCUCCAUGGACUCGGCGGAGGAAGCCACGAGCCAUUGAUCCGGAACUUGGCGGACAAUAUCCACAAGAACAGUCCUGGUUGGGAUACAGUGGUCAUCAACACCAGAGGAUGUUGCAGAACCAAAGUCACAACGGGUAAAUUAUUCACCGGUCUUUCCACUGGUGAUGUCCGGGAACCGUUGGUAGAGAUGCGGAAAAGAUACCCCAAAAGGGAAAUAUAUGCCGUGGGCUUCUCAUUUGGUGCAGCCAUGUUAGCCAACUACUUGGGAGAACAUGAUGAUGCUUCACAGGACGAUGGCAUAGUCAAGGCUGCGUGUUUGAUUGGAUGUCCUUGGGACUUUGUAGAUUCCAAUUAUCAUUUGAACAGCUCCUAUACCGGGCAAUAUUUGUUGAACCCUUCCUUGUCUUUGUUCUUGACGAAGAUUGUCACCAACAAUUUCGGAGAAUUGAACGGAGCGCAACCGGAGAUCUUCAACCAAGUGAACGUCACCAAAUGUAAGAGGGCCAAGAAGACUUUGGUGUUCGACGACUUGUUCACAUGCCGUGUGGCCGGGUUCAACAAUCCAUGGGAAUACUAUCGGGAAGUUUCACCAGCUAAUCGGAUCAAAAACAUAAGAGUGCCUACUUUGGUUCUUAACUCCAUUGAUGAUCCUGCAGUCGGUUGUCGUUUACCAUAUAUGGACAUUGAACGUAACCCGAAUGUGGUUUUGGUUGAAACUGAUUUGGGUGGCCAUUUAGGUUGGGUUAAAUCUAAUGGUGAUUUCUGGUGUGUUGAAGUUGCAGAGGAGUACUUUCAUAAAUUUAACCAAUGGACUUGA